AGAACAAACCUGUACCGAUCAUAUCAGCACUGUGGUUCUUAAAUACUUUUGAAACAAUGUUUACAAAAUAGUUUGCGCAAUUUUGGAGUUGUUUAAUUAUUGAUGGAAAUAAACCAUCUAUUCUUGUCUGCUCAUGAAUCGCCGAACGUGCCUCUCCUCCUGAUUGGCGUAACUAUGGAUACCGUUGCUAUGUGACGCUUGUUCCUCCAGGAAGACGCUAGUUCUCUAGCUCGCAGGACAACAUGGAAGACAGCUUUCAGCUAGGAGACAAUGGAGUUGUGAAAAGUGUUGCGAAGACAGGCCGCAGGGCCCGGCAAGCCGCAGAGCAAACCCCCCUCGAUGAGUCCCGUCCCCUCCGAAAGUCCUCCUCCACCUCUGCUGGAGAGGACGAGGAGGAUGUAGGUAGCGUGACUGAAACGGCGGGCCCUCCGAAAUCCGUCCGCAGGCAGGGCGGCUGGGCCGAGGACAGCUCUGGAGCCGGUUCUGCCAAAUCCUCCAGAAGACCAGCGUUGGAGGACCAGGAGGACCGACGCCUGCAGCCACAGACCCCCCACGGCUCGGACGACGAAGGAGGUGAGGGCCCGCUGCCUGUGUCUGCUCGGGUUAAGGAGGUUGAAGCUUCUGGUCCCUCCCAGUCCUGCUUUAGUCUGCUGGGAAUCAAGCAGAUUCAAGCAGCGGCACUCACAUCACUGCUACGAAAGGCUCUCUGAAGCCUUUCGCCUCU